AUGUCUAUGGAACCUCCUGCGGGGCUGACGGCCAUGCCCGUUACCAAAAUAGCCAUGAUUACGACACUUGUGGUGCCCUUGGUGGCCUCGAUUGCAAGUUACAAGCACAUAUUCCUACUGCAGUAUGAUCCCUUUCUGCAGACCUACCAUCAGUACUACCGUCUGUUCAUAUUCCAGUUCUGCGCUAUCAAUGAAUCGGACACAGUGAUACUAGCGUUGAUAUGGUAUCUGUUUAGGCAUCUGGAACGGCUACUAGGAUCCCACAAAUACUUGACAUUGAUUGUUUUGUCAUGGGCCUACACCACACUAGGAAUUUGGGGAUUAAACUUAAUCUGGAACGCAUUUGUUGGACAGUACAAGUGGCUUCAAUGGAACAACUUUAGCACGGGUUCAUUGCCCAUCAUUUUAAGUCUGGUACACUUUUACAAAGAAUACACCCCUCAGAUUUACGAAUGGAAUAUAAGAUUACUAGGACCUCGAGGAGGAGGAGCAAGUCACGAUGGUAACAAGCAAGAGAACAAAAGCUCUCUGGAGUGGAAAAUCAACGACCAGUUCCUUCUAAACGGAUUGGUUCUUUUGCUUAUACUAAAUCAGGGAUUUGCGGGAAUAUUAUGCGGAUUCAUAAGCUGGAUGUGUGGUAUUUUCAUCGAUAAGGGUCUACUACCGGGAUUAGACCAUUGGAGAAUACCGUUUGUAUCCCAUUUUAUUUCUCAGGGCCCACCCACGAGGGCUAACGUUGCCAUGGCUGCCAAUGCGGCUACGAAUACGGCAGCAGCAAGAGCAACUGCCGACGCAGCUACUGCUGCCGCAGGAAAUGGCAAUACAGGCAACUCUGGACCUACAAGCUUGCCCAUUCGUGGCUCAAGCACCACCCCUACAGAUACUUCUAAUGCUGGCGAUGACGAGCCUGGCGCCGAUGAACCUGCAAGACCAUUAGGAGUCCAAUUUUUGGAUACUUUUAGGAGAUGA